CCCGGAACGACGGGGACGACCAGGGCGACUACCCACUGCACUCUCCCGCGCGCAGGCCACAUCGCCGCAACCAAGGCCGAAUAUCAAAACGCCUGUACCCGUCGAUGUCCUCGGCUGAAACCACCACGAUGGCUUCGGCGACUCCGGCACCGCGACCUGCGACACCCGUGGCGAACGGAACCCCGAACCAACCGACGCCCGACGCAGGCCAAGCGAAUGGGAAUCACGCUGCUGGCAAUGAAAACCGUCCCGCUCCGGCACCGCCCGCUGCUGCUUCCGGGAAGAAGGGCAAACAAAAGAAGGCGCCCGAGCCGACCGAAGCGUCAAAGCUGAUUGCGCAAAGAAUUUCGCAGCUGGAACUCGAUGCGGCCGGCGAGAAAGACCAGGAGGCUGAAAUAGAGAGGGAGGUCAGGAAGGCGAACCGGGAGCUGCAUAAUCAGACUUCCAAGAUGAGCGACUUGCAAAAGAUCGAGCACCUUACGAAACGAUGCUCCGACCUUCUCUCGGAUAUGAAGCGUCACGAACGGGAGAGUAUCAAGAACAAGAAGCGCGGAGACCAGCUGCAGAAGGACAAGGACAACAGCAGGAACGAGCUUAACAAGACGGUAUCUCUCAAGGAGAAGCUGGAGAAGCUUUGUCGGGAGCUUCAAAAAGAGAACAACAAGCUCAAGAACGAGAACAAGACGCUAUCCGACACGCAGAUCAGGAGCCAGAACACCUGGGACGAGCGAUACUCGGGCCUCCUCCGGCGCAUGGACGACUACCAAGAGGAAAAAGACAACCCGCGCAAGCAGGUGGUCGACAUGGAGAUAGAGGAGUUAUUUGCGCAGCGCUUCAAGUCAUUUAUCGAUCAGUACGAACUCCGAGAGCUGCACUUCCACUCGCAGAUGCGCACCAAGGAGCUCGAGGUCCAGUACAACCUCGCUCGGUACGAGCGGGAGAAGAAGAACUACGAGGCGGAGCUGGCGCGGUCGAGGCAGCUCAAUGCACAGGUGCAGACCUUCUCCAAAACAGAGGCUGAACUGAGGCAACAGCUCAACGUCUACGUAGAUAAGUUCAAACAGGUCGAGGAUACACUCAACAAUAGCAACGAUCUGUUCAUGACGUUCCGGAAAGAAAUGGAAGACAUGUCCAAGAAGACGAAGCGGCUGGAGCGCGAGAACGAGAACCUUAAGCGGAAGCACGACCAGGUGAACGGCAACAUCCUCAAGAUGGCGGAGGAGCGUAACAAGAACCUGGCCGAGAUUGAGGAGUUGAAGAAGAAGCUCGAGAAGCUCAACGGCAUCAUCAAGCAGAUGCAGCAGCAGGGCCGGGGCAUCCCGCAAGGGAUGACGGGCACGGUGGAGAACGGGUACGCGGAAGGAUCCGUGGAAGGGGACGAGAGCGAGUACGAGGACGACGAGUACGAUGAAGGUGAAGACGAGGAGGUUAGCGACGAGGAAGACGAGUACGACGACGAGACGGAGGACGAGCUCCAUCACCAGCAACAACAGCCCCAGCCGUACGGCCCGGCACCGCCUGCCCCGGUUGCCGCAACUACCAACGGUCACCGUUAGGAUCGGGAGAAGAAGAAGAAGAAGAAGCCAGAUGACGACGACGUGGUGAUCCGGCUGUGGGUGCGACGCCGCACGCUGCGUG